AUCGCAUAGCGAUACUUAUAUAUCGAUAUUGCCUUCGCGAAAAUGACAACUCGUCCAUUUGGUCCAAGUCACCACCGCGUAUAGUUUGUGUUUUGUUCUUAAAUUCGAAACCGAGUCCCUAAUACUACUGUAAAAUGGUUAGGGAGAACAAAGCAGCAUGGAAGGCUCAAUACUUCAUCAAAGUUGUGGAACUCUUCGAUGAGUAUCCAAAGUGUUUCAUUGUGGGCGCCGACAAUGUGGGCUCCAAGCAAAUGCAGAACAUUCGUACCAGCCUGCGUGGCCUGGCUGUUGUCCUGAUGGGCAAGAACACGAUGAUGCGUAAGGCAAUUCGUGGUCAUUUGGAGAACAACCCUCAGUUGGAGAAACUGUUGCCCCACAUUAAGGGCAAUGUGGGCUUUGUGUUCACCAAGGGCGAUUUGGCUGAGGUGCGCGACAAGCUGCUCGAGUCUAAGGUGCGUGCCCCCGCACGUCCCGGCGCUAUUGCCCCACUGCACGUCAUCAUCCCAGCCCAGAACACUGGUCUAGGUCCCGAGAAGACCAGUUUCUUCCAGGCUCUGUCCAUCCCCACCAAGAUUUCCAAGGGUACCAUUGAAAUCAUCAACGAUGUGCCCAUCUUGAAGCCUGGCGACAAAGUUGGUGCCUCCGAGGCAACUCUGCUCAACAUGUUGAACAUUUCGCCCUUCUCGUACGGUCUGCUCGUCAGCCAGGUGUACGAUUCGGGUUCGAUCUUCUCGCCCGAAAUUCUGGACAUCAAGCCCGAGGAUUUGCGUGCCAAGUUCCAACAAGGUGUUGCCAACUUGGCUGCCGUGUGUUUGUCGGUGGGUUACCCAACCAUUGCAUCGGCACCACACAGCAUUGCCAACGGUUUCAAGAAUUUGUUGGCUAUUGCCGCCACCACCGAAGUGGAAUUCAAGGAAGCCACCACCAUCAAGGAGUACAUCAAGGAUCCCAGCAAGUUUGCUGCUGCUGCUGCCGCUUCGGCUCCAGCUGCCGGCGCUGGUGCUGCCGAGAAAAAGGAGGAGGCCAAGAAGGUCGAGUCCGAAGAGGAAGAGGAGGAUGACGACAUGGGCUUUGGUCUGUUCGAUUAAAGCAGCACUUUUCUCUGAGCACUUUGCGCUACAAUUUUCAAUGUUUACGACAAAUUUUAUUGUACGGCGGAUAAUGCAAAUUAUUGUCGCGGUUUGACAAACCCAAUGGCAAGUUGUAUUCGUUCCACUGUGCAUUGAAUAACAACAACAAUAAAGAUUAUGUAAACUUGA